AUGGCACUGGGGGUAGACAACCAAGCUGUGAUCAGAGCAACCACCUCAUUUCAAUCGAAACCUGGGCACUACCUCAUUGACAUCUUCCACGACGAUCUCAGAGAGAUCCUCCCAGAUGACAACGGCAGGAAGCUUACCAUACAUUGGGCCGCAGGGCACACCGGCAUCCCAGGCAAUGAAGAAGCAGACGAACUCGCAAAGAAGGCAGCCCACAGAGAGUCAUCGCCUCCACACCUGAUCCCAGAAUCACUCCGCAGAAAGGGCCGCACUCCUGCCCUCACCAUCCUCCCCAUCAGCAAGUCCGCUCUGAAACAGACCUUCAAUGACAAGAUCAGAGAAGAGGCACACAAAAUAUGGAGAAAGUCCCCGCGCCAUCCCAAACUCAGCAGCAUAGACGCCUCUGCCCCUUCCAACCACUUCGCCCUGCAUCAUAGAGGAACUUCCCACCGCCACAUCAGGUAA